GUUCUGUUGUUGAAGAACAACAGGUCCCCACUUUAAGUUCUUAUUAAAGUUAUUUUGACCAUAUAGUUUAGAGGAUAGGCCAGAGAGCCAACCACUAAAUCAUCACAGAUUCACAGAAACGGUGCAAGUGGAGACGUCUUAUCUCAGAAACAUUGAGAAGACAAUCCCUUGUGAACUGCAUAGGGACUAGGAGAGUACUAUCCAAGUGGGCAACAAAUUGCAAUGAUGCUUCUUUUCAAGAUGCUAAAGACAGAACCAUGUGAUACUCUCUGUUCUACUCUGUCCCACGCUUCAAAGACCACAAGUUUCAAAGACUUUUCAACACAUUAUAUUCACUGGUCUUUCUAUAUAUACACCUGAUUCAUUCUUUCUAUCAUCAACCAACAACUAGCAAUCCAAUAGCUUUAAUCUUUUCAUACAUCUCUUCAAAAGAAUUCAAACUUUCAGAAAACAAAAAAAAAAAUAGAAAUGGCUUUGGUGAGAAGUCUAUUGGGUGCAAAGAAGAUUCUUGGACGCUCCAUAACAGCAGCUUCCACGAGCAAAAGAGCAUCAUCAUCAGCACCAAAAGGGUUUCUUGCGGUGUACGUAGGAGAGAGCCAGAAGAAGAGAUAUGUGGUGCCAAUCUCAUACUUGAGCCAGCCUUCUUUUCAAGCGCUACUCAGUAAAUCCGAGGAAGAGUUUGGGUUUGAUCAUCCGAUGGGUGGCUUAACCAUCCCUUGUCCUGAAGAUAUAUUCAUAAACGUAACGUCUAGGCUCCAAUGAUGAUGAUUAUCCAGAUCUUUUCUUCUUCAUGAGUUAGCAAUAGACUUAUUCUUUGUAAAUUAUAGGAGCUUUUCUCCUUUACUUUCUUCUAAAGUUUUGAAAGUAAAUACCAUUUUCAUGUUAAACUAAUGCACUUUUGAUCAAUCAUUGAAAAACAAAGGACAA